UGUAAACAUUAGACGCUACUUCCCCCUGUCGUCUCUCUCUGCUCCCGAAAAUCUCCACUCUCGAAUCUGAGUUCAGAGCCUCAUCCCGAGUAGUCAAAAUUCAAGACGAAAAUGCUCGGCCGUCUCGCCGCCCAACGCUUCCGUGAGAUCCGUCAAGCCUUCUGCCAAAUUCCCCAGGCUUCGAGAUCAUUUUCAACAGCUCUUAACUACCACCUUGAUUCUCCCGAUAAUAAUCCAGACCUUCCAUGGGAAUUUACUGAUGCGAACAAAGAAAAGGUUAAAGAAAUUAUAUCUCACUAUCCAUCCAACUACAAACAAUCUGCCGUCAUUCCAUUACUGGAUCUUGCACAACAGCAACAUGGAGGGUGGCUCCCUGUUUCAGCAAUGAAUGCUGUUGCUAAGAUUAUUGAAGUUGCUCCUAUUCGUGUUUAUGAGGUUGCAACAUUCUAUUCGAUGUUUAAUCGAACAAAGGUUGGCAAAUACCACCUUCUGGUAUGUGGUACAACACCUUGCAUGAUACGUGGUUCUAGAGAAAUUGAAGAUGCAUUGCUGGAACACCUUGGAGUAAAGCGCAAUGAAGUAACUAAGGAUGGCUUGUUUUCUGUUGGAGAAAUGGAAUGCAUGGGAUCUUGUGUAAAUGCUCCUAUGAUUACGGUGGCGGACUAUUCCAAUGGAUCUGAAGGAUACACCUACAAUUAUUAUGAAGACGUCACUCCAAAGCGAGUUGUAGAAAUUGUCGAGGCUUUGAGAAGAGGAGAAAAGCCUCCGCGUGGCACACAAAACCCAAAACGCAUCAAUUCUGGACCAGAAGGUGGGAACACAACACUGUUAAGCGAGCCUAAACCUCCUCCAUGCCGGGAUCUUGAUGCCUGCUGAACUUGUUAACUUCUUUUGCAAUUGUUCUCUCUAAUAAUGAUGAAAAAUCCGACUUGGUUGUAAGCUGCCAAUUACUUGUAUUAAGUUUCAAGAUCGUUUGUUUUGUUGGGGUUUUCCAGUUAAUAUGAUUCAGGUCGAUUGCUUCUUCUUGUGACAUUUGCUCGAGAGUGGGGAGGUAUUCAUUUUGUAUAUGCUAUAGCCAAUGAGCACACAAACACCUUCGCUUGCACUUGCAAAUUCUUGAGAAUAAAUUUGCGGCCUCUCGUA